AUGAACAUCAGUCAGUUACAGAGCAGUUACGAGACACUGAGUGAAAAUCAGGAUGAAGUAAAGCGGCUGAAGGACAAAAUUAAAGGUGUUGAACGACAUGAAGAGAAGUGUUGUCCUGAAGGAUGGAAGAGAUUCAGAUUCAGCUGGUACUUUAAAUCCAACGAGAAGAAAACUUGGUAUGAGAGCAGAAGUGACUGUCAAAGUAAAGGAGCAGAUCUGGUGAUCAUAAACAACGAAGAGGAACAGAAAUGUGUCACUGAGCUGAACAAGGAUGGAGACUCCUGGAUUGGUCUACAGGCCACAGAAUGGACACAAACAGGAUCGAAAUGGAAAUGGAAAUGGGUGGACGACUCACCGCUGACACUAGAGUUCUGGGCAACAGGACACCCGCACAGCAACAAAUACGCUGCAGCAUUCUGCAAUAAACAAGGAAAAUGGACGAGCGGAUAUAAUAAGAAGAACUGGAUCUGUGAGAAAGAGCUUUCCUGUUUAUCUUGAGGACAGAGGGUGUGUAGUGUUGGGAUCAACUUUGUCAAAUCAGACCAACUCACAUUUUACAUUUCUUCAGUUGUUCAUUCUGUGUUGCAUCCUGAACAACCUGGAUUACAUAGAUAUUGUUCCUCUGCCCUACACAGUGAACAGUCUGGUUGGAAGUCAGCCACACAACUACAUGUGCACUUACCCUCUCUGCAGAGAGGGAUAUUACAACAGCCUGUUUUCAAAAAGCCUAAGAUGUCACAUACAUGACAACAAGGGGAAAGACGGCUCCUUUCUGUUUCAGUGUUAUUUAAGCCAUUAUCAUAAAGGACAAACCUCAUAGGCUUCUUCCACAGACCACUU